CGUGUAGGUAAAGCCUCUGCACACUGGAACUACUCGGCGCUUUGAAUGCGGCUUAUACUUUUCUGCCUGCACAACACCUACCGGAGGCUCCAUCACCUGUGCGGUUCACACCUCCCUGACGCUCUGGGUUGGCGACAGGCUUGAUUUUUUUUUUAUUCUGUUCGACAGUAAUUAAAGGCCGCCAAAUAGAGAGGACGUAACUACAGCGGCUAUUCGUUGCUGAAAUCAAGUUUUUUUAAAAAGAAGAUUCGCACACGGGAUCGUUUUAUUAUUUUGGUAAAGAUAAAGAAAGUGAAAUGAUGCCGCAUUCAAGCGUUCUGUUUUUCUUCGACUUUCGAAGGAAAAAUGUUGGACUCGUCGUAGCGAUAUUAUUCGCAAUGUUUCAAGGUACUGCGUGUCAGAAGGUGAGAGUGGAGCCAGAGGUGGUGUCGUACCCUGGUCAGACAGUCACUUUACGCUGCAAUUUUGUUGAUGCAUCUGGGAUAAAGCUGACACAGGUGUCGUGGAUUUGGGAGCCCACAGACAAGCCGAGGGACAACAUUGCCGUCUAUCACCCGCAGUUUGGAGCGAGUUACCCCGACUCGCCCUUGAGUAGCAGAAUCAGGUUCCUCAAUCCCUCCCUGGAAAACCCCUCCAUUGAGAUCACCGGCGUGAAGAUGACGGACGAGGGGAAGUACACCUGCGAGUAUGCCACCUACCCCAGCGGAAACGAGCAGGGCACCACUUCUCUCAUCAUGCUCGCCAAGCCCAAAAACACGGCGUCCGCCGUCACCGUGCCCGCGGGGACGGCGCCCGUCGUCGUGGCGCGCUGCGAGUCGGCCGACGGCAGGCCAGCGGCGGAGAUCAGCUGGGUGUCGCCGGUCAACGGCAACGGCACCACCACUUCAAAGCCAGGAACGGACAACACUGUGACCGUCACCAGCGAGUAUCGCCUGGUCCCCACCUCUGCUGACAACGGCAAAGACAUCAGCUGUGUGGUUAAGCACCGCACGCUAGACAAACCCCAGAGCAUCCAGUUAAAACUGGCCAUUGAGUAUUCCCCAAAGGUGAUGAUUGUGGGGUAUGACAAUAAUUGGUAUGUGGGCCGCACUAAUGCCAUGUUGACCUGCCAGGCCACUGGGAACCCUGUGCCAACUACCGUCACCUGGAAAGUUCUGUCAGGUCUGAUGCCGGACACAGUGCAAAUCAAGGAGAACAAGCUGACGGUGCUGAAGGUGGAUGACUCCGUGAACACCACCUUCGUGUGCGAGGUCAAGAACCGGCUUGGGGUCGGCAAGGACCAGGUCACCGUGGUGGUCAGAGAGCCCCCAAAGAACGAUUCCAAUGCAGGCGUGGUAGCGGGCGCGGUCAUCGGCGGUCUCCUGGCCCUCCUAUUGGUCGCUGCUCUGAUCGCCGUGCUGGUGACCCGUAGCCGCCGGCAACAGCAGGGUUACCGGGGCAAUGCCAACCAGGGCACCUAUGACAUCAAGACCCGCAUCUUUGGGGGUAAAAAGACCAGCAAAAACGGCACAGGGGGCAACAACAAUGGGCCCAUCUACACAUACCGGGAGAGCGACUCGGAAACACUGACGGAAAAGUCCAACAACCUACACCGGGGGGAGGGCAUCAUCACUACCACCCCCACCGCCCAUGACAUCCUGCUGAGUGGGGAGAUGGACGAGGUGGAGAGGAGGAAGUUUGACGAGCUGGAAGACGUGGAGGAGGAGGAGCGGUACGAUCACUUUGGCGGAGGCGGGCCCAUGCUCCAAAUCCGCCCCCACGACGAGGACAUGGGCGGCUACCUGGAUGAUGACAUGGAGUCGCAGAGGGAUGGCUCGGUCAUCUCCCGGACGGCUGUUUACGUCUAGAGAGAGAGAGAGAAAGCGAAAGAAAUGGGAGGGGAAUUUAACAGAGGAGAAAAGUGAACAUGGAAGAGCCGAAAACAACAUUCUUCUGAAGGACUCAAGUUAUUUUGUUGAUUCUCCUCUUCCCUUAGAGAAAUAAAUACCAGUUUUAUUUUUAAUAGUUUAUGAAUAUUGGAAGAACCAGAUGCACUGGAAAAGAGAAUAAAUGAUCUGGAAGGAUGGCACUGCAGAAAUAAAGAGCGGGGGAAAACCGCUGGCCUUGGCUCAAAAACUGGAAUGCUUGGCAUUGACUAAAAACCACCUGAAGGAUUCUACCCAAGCAGCUCAAGCCUCUUCCUUCCUUUCAUAUGAAACGUUUUAGACAUUAAAGAGUGCCAGAGACACGCAUUUUAAAGGAAACGCAUUCUUAUCCAAAUGUGACUUUUCUUUUUUUUUGUGGCAGCAAUUGUCGUGAGAGAGAUGUCUGAUCAAAAAAGCCUUCACUGUUGUCGUUACAGAACAAACACACUUCUAGUCACGCCAAACUUAUUCCUGCUAAUCUUGUGAUAGGCGUAUUUUUUUUUUCCUCAGUAGUAAACUGUGUAAUUUCAUUCUUUUCAGUGUGGUGAGAGGAAGGAGAAGAGUUAAAUGGUUUUUAGAUGAAAAGGGGUGCUAAAAAAAUUGAACACUGUGUGAUUUAUCACCUGUUCUAUAAACACUGAAACCACUGCAGAAAGCCUUUCUCUUCCACCCAUCUUCAGGGUAUCCCUGCAUUAAGGCUGGGAAAACGUUUUCAUUGAGAAACUGGCACAUUUACUCACUGCGUAAACUGGACCCCGGUGUCAGCAGUGAUGGCAAAUAUUAAAUGAGAGACAAAGGAGAGGCCAGAAAUGGUAGUAGCUGUCUUGGCUCAAGCCUGCACCUCUCACAAGCCAUGACAGAGGAAAUUUGAUUGGUAAUGAGGCGUGAAGUCGUUUCAGUUAGCAGAUAUGAACAAAUAAUCUGUGCUGAUCAUUUCUGACAUGGCGAUUCACUGGAUCGGUUUACUGCCAUGAUUUAUAUGAAUCCGUCAGAGUUCAGAGAUGUAGGGAGGUGCAUGUGCUUGCGUCCCUUAUGUCAAGACACUCGCACUGUUGCAGGCGUGAAAUGAAAGUGAAACUACAGAGCUAUACAUCUCUCUGCUGUAAUCGAAAUUAGUGCUUUGCUUUCUAAUAUGGGUCAAAGCAAUGCGGUCUGAGUUUUGCUUCAACUGUUCUGUAUGUCCAUGCAUGCGUGCUGUCAUGGGGUAUUAAAAUUCAUUCUGUUAUAGUGUACAACUUGGCCUUUUGUUUGACAUUGUAAAACAGUGUUUCUCAGUUCUGGUCCCAGAGAGUUAUUGUGUGUUCUGGAUUCAGUUCAAA